CACUCCGCCCUUUCCCAGGACCCUCCUCCGGAUUCCGGAGACCCCCGCAGCCUAGCCCUGGUCUGGAUGUGGGGUCCAUGCUUGUCAUUCUCAAUGGAGAGUGAAAGCACAGAUUCAUAAUGAAAACCAGCCCCCGUCGGCCAUUGAUUCUCAAAAGACGGAGGCUGCCCCUUCCUGUUCAGAAUGCCCCGGGUGACGCAUCAGAAGAGGAGCCUAAGGGGCCCCCUGCCCAACAAGAGCCUGCUCGACCGCAGGCCUCCGAGGAGGUGGCAGAGUCCAACCCCUGCAAGUUUCCAGCCGGGAUCAAGAUCAUGAACCACCCGACCAUGCCCAACACCCAAGUGGUGGCCAUCCCCAAGAACGCCAACAUCCAGAGCAUCAUCACAGCACUGACGGCCAAAGGAAAGGAGAGCGGCAGCAGUGGGCCCAAUAAGUUCAUCCUCAUCAGCUGCGGGGGAGCCCCCACUCGCCCUGCAGGACCCCAGCCUCCAGCCCAAACCAGCAAUGAUCCCAAGAGGACAGAAGUGAUCACCGAGACCCUGGGACCAAAGUCUGCAUCCAAGGACGUGAAUCUUCCUAGACCACCUGGAGCCCUUCCCGGGCAGAGAUGGGAGAACUGUGCUGGCGGCGAGGCAGCCGGCUGCACGCUAGACAACAGCUUGACCAACAUCCAGUGGCUUGGAAAGAUGACCUCCGAUGGGCUGGGCUCCUGCAGCAUCAAGCAAGAGGUGGAGGAAAAGGAGAAUCGUCACCUGGAGCAGAGUCAGGCUAAGAACGCUCAGGCUGAGGGGCCCCUGGGGGCAUCGGCAUCCUGGCCGGACUCCGUGUCUGAGCGGCCGCCCUACUCUUACAUGGCCAUGAUACAGUUUGCCAUCAACAGUACGGAGAGGAAGCGCAUGACCCUGAAAGACAUCUACACUUGGAUCGAGGACCACUUCCCCUAUUUCAAGCACAUCGCCAAGCCAGGCUGGAAGAAUUCCAUCCGCCACAACCUCUCUCUCCACGACAUGUUUGUCCGCGAGACGUCUGCCAACGGCAAGGUCUCCUUCUGGACCAUACACCCCAGUGCCAACCGCUACUUGACACUGGACCAGGUGUUUAAGCCACUGGACCCCGGGUCUCCACAAUCACCCGAGCACUUGGAAUCACAGCAGAAACGACCCAACCCUGAGCUCCGCCAGAACGUGGCCAUCAAAACCGAACUCCCCCUGGGCGCACGGCGGAAGAUGAAGCCUCUGCUGCCGCGGGUCAGCUCCUACCUGGUGCCCAUCCAGUUCCCAGUGAACCAGUCCCUGGUGCUGCAGCCCUCGGUCAAGGUGCCGUUACCCCUGGCGGCCUCACUCAUGAGCUCAGAGCUCGCCCGCCGCAGCAAGCGAGUCCGCAUCGCCCCCAAGGUGCUGCUCGCGGAUGAGGGUGUCGCCCCUCUGCCCACGGCAGGACCAGUGAAAGAGGAGAAGCUCCUCCUGGGAGAAGGGCUGUCUCCUCUGCUUCCAGUCCAGUCCAUCAAGGAGGAAGAAGUCCAGCCCGGUGAGGAAGCGCCACACUUAGGGAGACCCAUCAAAGUCGAGAGCCCCCCCCUGGAAGAGUGGCCCUCGCCCUGCCCGUCUGUCAAGGAGGAGUCGUCCCCCUCCCCCGUCCCCAGGCCCAAGAAGUCCUACAGCGGCGGGCCCAAGUCCCCAGCCCGCUGCGUCUCCGACCUGCUUGUCAUCAAGCGCAGGGAGAGGAGGGAGAUGAGCCGGUCUCGAAGGAAACAGCACCUCCUGCCCCCCUGUCUGGACGAGCCGGAGCUGUGCUUCUCCGAGGGCCCCGGGGCUUCCGGACGAGCCACAGCAGGGGCCUCGCAGCUGCCUGCCUCCUCGCAGCAGCGUGGCUCCUCCCACGAGGAGGGCGGGCCUUUCAAGACGCCCGUCUCCUCCACCCCGAGCAAAUCUGCCCUCCCCGUGACCCCCGAAUCCUGGAGGCUCACGCCCCCGGCCAAAGUGGGGGGGCUCGAUUUCAGCCCCGUACGAACCCCCCAGGGUGCCUUUGGGCCCCUGCCGGACUCGCUGGAGCUGGCGGAUCUCAGCGCCACCCCGCUGAAGAGCGUCCCCCUCUUUGACUCCCCCCGAGAGCUGCUCGAUUCCGAGCCCUUUGACAUCACCGCUGACCCCUUCAGCGGCUGUGCCCCCUCAGACAUGGAGGCCCCCAAGCCAGGCUCCUCCGAGCCGCAGGGUGCCGGCCUCUCGGCCAACCGUUCUCUAACAGAAGGCUUGGUCCUGGACACGAUGAAUGACAGCCUCAGCAAGAUCCUGCUGGACAUCAGCUUCCCCGGCCUGGAGGAGGACCUGCUGGGCUCCGACGACGUCAGCUGGGCUCAGCUCAUCCCCGAGCUGCGGUAGAGACGGGACCCGCACCGCUCAAGCCGGCGGCUCUCCGGGCGCUCGCUGGGCUGGCCUUCCGAGCCCUCUGCGCCAGGACAGCGGGCGGGGGCCGUCUGCCCCUCCAGCCCCACCUGGCCUGCUGACGCCAAGGCAGGCGUCACGCCAGAGCCGCCACUGGGCCUUCUGCAAGCCGCGAGGUCCUGGUGACCGGUCUCCGUGCCAACCACUCCCCAAGAG